AUAUUGCUCACAUAAAUACUGUCUAAGACGACAUAUUCGUUGUAACAUCGGAAUCAAAAUUAUUUAAGCAACGGUGGAAAAUUAGGAAAAAGAAAGGUUUACAAUUUUUUAAACAAAUAAUAAACUCCAAUCUCGAUAAACACUAUGGCCGCGACUAAUUUUAAAACACUCAGCGACGAUGAUGUCAAUCAAUUUUUCAAUUCUUUUGAUACUGUACUUACCGAUUGUGAUGGUGUACUUUGGAUGGACAUGAGUCCUUUAAAGAAUGCUGCAGAAGUAAUGAGCUCCUUCUUUUCUCUUGGUAAAAAGAUUUUCUAUGUGACUAAUAACAGUACAAAGUCUAGAGAACAAUUUGUAGAGAAAUGUAAAAGUUUAAAAUUCAAAGCAACCAAGGAAAAUAUUUUGUGCACAUCAAAUUUGGCUGCCUGUUAUUUGAAAGACUUGGGCUUCAAUAGGAAAGUUUAUCUCAUAGGAUCCCAAGCUAUUGGAAAAGAAUUGGAAGAUGUUGGUAUUUCUUACACUGGUGUAGGACCAGAUCCUGUCAUUCCUAAUGUUCCAUACAACAGAUUUGAAAGAGACCCCGAUGUAGGUGCAGUUAUAGUUGGUUUUGACGAGCAUUUUAGUUAUCCCAAGAUGGUAAAGGCAGCUUCAUAUUUAAAUGAUCCAAAUGUACUCUUUAUUGGAACAAAUACAGAUGAAAGAUUUCCUCAUGCUGAUAAUGUUGUUGUACCUGGUACUGGAAGUUUGGUGCGGUGUAUAGAAACUUGUGCAGAAAGAAAAUCUGUAGUAGUUGGUAAACCAGAACGUUAUAUAGGAGAUUUACUUAUAAAACGGUUUAAAAUAAAUCCUGAACGUACAUUAAUGAUUGGGGAUCGUCAUAAUUCAGAUAUAUUAUUAGGAACGCGUUGUGGUUUUAAAACAUUAUUAGUCUUAACAGGAGUUACCAGUUUACAAGAUGUCAAUAGGUGGAAACAAUCAAAGUGUUCAGAGGAAAAGGCCUUCGUGCCUGAUUAUUACAUCGACGCAAUUGGAGAUCUUUUACCGCAUUUAGACAAAUUUAAGAGCAAAUUUCUACAAUUUAUACCCUCGUAUUGCGUAACUGACAACCAAGGUCACGCAACAAAUAUGAACGUGGCUGCCAGCCAAGAACUUACUUUUAAUCAUAAAAUGACAGCAAAACGUAUAACAUCAUUGUCCAAAGAAGAAUUCAAACAUUUCAUAGACUCAAUUGAUGUCAUUUUAUCAGAUUGCGACGGCGUGCUCUGGAAAGAAACAGAAGUGAUACCAAAGUCACCUGAAACAGUAAAUAAAUUUAAAGAACUGGGUAAAAAGUUCUUUUAUAUCACGAAUAAUAACACAAAGACUAGAUCAGAGUUUGUAGAAAAAUGCAAAGGUUUUAAAUAUGUUGCAACAAUGGAUGAAAUAGUCUGUACAUCAUUUUUGGCUGCUGUGUAUCUCAAAGACAAGAAAUUUGAUAAAAAGGCAUAUGUGGUUGGUAGUGUAGGUAUUACUAAAGAGCUUGAAGCAGAAGGUAUUAAACAUUGUGGCAUUGGACCUGACGUGAUGGAUGGAGAUGAAGUGGAAAUGGUAACAAAUUUCAAGCCAGAUCCGGAAGUUGGAGCAGUAAUCGUCGGCUUUGAUAAAUAUUUUUCUUUCCCUAAACUUGUAAAAGCUGCUACUUAUUUGCAGGAUCCAAAUAUCCAUUUCAUAGGCACAAAUUGUGAUACAGAAAGACCUUCGCCGAACACUAAUAAAUUUCCAGGGACUGGUUGCUUCAUAAAAACUAUGGAAGCAGCGUCGGAUAGAACAGCGGUAAUGGUUGGAAAACCAGAACCUUUCUUGAUCGAAUACAUAACUAAGAAAUAUGGUUUGAAUCCAGCAAGAACGCUUAUGAUUGGUGAUAAUCGAGCCACUGAUAUUCUUCUCGGAAAACGUUGUGGAUUUAAAACGCUUCUCGUAUUAUCAGGAAUUACAACGCAAAGCGAUGUAGAUGCCAUGAAUGCACCUAAUGCGGAUACUAAAAAUUUAAUAAUUCCAGAUUAUUACGCGGACCAGUUAAGCGAUGUUUUAAAUAUGAUCGAAUCAUCUUGAUAAUACCAGCAAGGUCGAAAGUUUUAGCACAAUUUGAUAAUGUUUAGAGCAAUUUUAUUUGAUUUUAUUGUUUAAAUGGUUAUGUUACAAAUAACAUAAAUAAUGGUUACUACAUAAAUAUUUUUUAUGAGUUGUAACAAAUAUGUUCCUGUCAUCGAAGAAUAGUUAUCAACGGUUUCCGUAAUAUUAAUAUUUAGUUUUAUAUUUUAAGGAAAACACACGCUAUAGUACAAAUAUGUAAAGGAAGUUGAGUGUUAUUUUUCUGCUUUUUAAUUUAUAUUUUUGUAAUUGUAUCCAAAAAUCCUGAAAAUUUGCCAAAGAAUAACAGUAUAUGAAACGUACGUUUAAAUGUUUAGUGUUAUGAUAACUGCAUGUAUUGUAUGUAUAGUGAAUGGUUAUUGUGAAAAACUCAAUGUAAAUCUACGUACAAAUGUCUAAUUACUUAUUGACACAUGUAUAUGAUUAUAAUAAUAAAUACAAUUUUUGUCUUA